AUGAAUCAUCAAGGGUUUUUUGGAACUGCAAUAAAACGUAAUUCUAAAAAAUUAAAUUCAAAAAGAGGUGAAGAAUGUCUCAAUAAUAAAUUAUUUGCAAAUGAUAAUCUAAGAAAAAUCUAAUUACCAAAAUAACUUACUUAACAAUAUUGUUUCUCUUUAGAGCAAGGAAUACAUGGUAUUAGGUUGGAAACCAAAUCGCCAUAAAAAUAAUUUAGAAUCUCAAACAAUUCUAAAUAAAAUGUUGAAAAUACAUCUUUUUAGCCUGAAUCCUUAAAGUUUUCCUAUAAUCAACAAUACUUAGUAAAUGAUAUAUCUCCAUUGAUAAGAAUAAGACGACUCUAAUUAGAUAAAGUUAGUUAGAAUCAAAAAUAAGUAACAGUAGAUUAGUAGUGUUUUGAUUUUUUAACUAAUUAAAGAAUAAGAGCUUAAUCUUUUGCAGAGGAGAGAUGCUUAUCUCCAGAUCUAAAAAAGAAUAGACCUCGACUUAAUUUACUAAAUUAAAGAAAUCUUUAUAGUGAGUCAUUCAGACAAUAAGAUAAUUAAUCUGAAAAUUACUGA